UCUACUCGUUCAACGUCAAAAUGACGCGUAGCGCAAUCCUGAAGCUCUUAGUAACUCUCAUCGUUCUGAUCUCUCUCUUUCCUGUCUCUUUCACCGUCCAACCAUACACCAUCGUUCUCACUGGGGAACACUUCAAGCAGUCCUUCUCUUCCGACGACUUCCCCGACUGGGACGAGUUCGGCGACUCCGGCUCACCCCACAUGCCCGAGGACGAGCUUGACCCCGGAUCAUGGCAACCAAUCUUUGAGCCGGCCUCCCCUUCUCAAGCCACUGGCUCAUCCAAUACGAGUACGACUCUAGAGGCGCUGUACUUCUCCGGUGUGUCCAAGAUGGUCUCAGCAGCGAGCUCCGGAGACGCUCGGUUAAUGGAAGAGGCCGCAGCGGAGAUCGAAAACGCGGCCAGUGAGGGCCACGCUCACGCAAGGUCCGUGCUUGGGUUCCUGCACGGGAUGGGAUUGAUGAAGCAGAGGAACAAGGCCAAGUCUUUUAUGUACCAUCAAUUUGCUGCCGAGGGGGGCAAUAUGCAGUCCAAGAUGGCCCUCGCCUAUUCCUACGCGCGUCAAGAGAGGUAUGAGAUAGCAGUUGAAAUUUACGCCAAGUUAGCAGACGUAGCUGUAAAAAGUUUCUUGGUUUCAAAAUAUCCACCUGCGAAUGAACCAGUCAGAAUCCACAUCGGGGCGGAGGAGAAUGAGGAGGUCCUGAUGAGCUUCAGAGGAGAGGAUGCUGAGAAAGUACAGAUUCUGAAACUUCUGGCACAGAAUGGGGACGCUGAAGCCAUGUACACAAUUGGCAUGUUUUACUACUUGGGGCUUAGAGGAUUGAGGCCUGAUCAUGCCAAGGCAGUGUCGUGGUUUUUGAAGGCUGUGGAGAAGAGGGAGCCAGGGUCAAUGGCAGUUCUUGGAGAGAUAUAUGUUCGGGGAGUUGGGGUUGAGAGGAACUACACGAAAGCGCUUGAAUUGCUUACCCUUGCUUCCAGACAGCAAAUUCAUUCGGCUUAUAAUGGGAUAGGGUAUUUGUAUGUCAAAGGCUAUGGUGUUGACAGCAAGAAUUAUACCAAGGCAAGAGAGUGCUUUAAGAAGGCUGCUAGUAAGAACGAUUCCAGCGCCCAAUAUAACCUCGGAGUAAUGUAUCUAAAAGGGAUUGGGGUAAAGAAGAAUUUGUGGACAGCAUAUGAGUAUUUUAAGAAGGCUGCUAAUGCAGCUGAACCGAAGGCAUUCUACCAGCUGGCAAAGAUGUUACAAACCGGUGUGGGGCUUAAGAAGAACCUUCAAGAGGUAAAUUCAGUUGCACUGGUCUUAAAGACUUGCAAGGUCUUCUGCUCUCUAGUAAACGUUUUUAUUCUUUCGGCAAUAUGAUGUACCAGAUAUAUGAUCACACCAUGGCAAUGUUGCUAAAGAAACAACUAUUUGCAAGUCUUCUUA